UUAUGGCAAGGGCCUUAUAUGACAAUGUCCCUGAGUGCGCUGAGGAACUGGCCUUUCGCAAGGGAGACAUCCUGACCGUCAUAGAGCAGAACACAGGGGGACUGGAAGGAUGGUGGCUGUGCUCCUUGCACGGUCGGCAAGGCAUUGUCCCAGGCAACCGCGUGAAGCUCCUGAUUGGCCCCAUGCAGGAGACCUCCUCUAGCCACGACCAGCCUGCGUCCGGACUAAUGCACCAGACCUUUGGCCAACAGAAGCUCUAUCAAGUGCCAAACCCACAGGCUGCUCCUCACGACACCAUCUACCAAGUACCACCUUCCUACCAAAGUCAGGGAAUUUACCAAGUACCCACUGGCCAUGGCAGCCAAGAACAGAGUGUAUAUCAAGUGCCACCAUCAGUACAGAGAAGCACUGGGGGGACCAAUGGUCCCCACUUAAGUAAAAAGAUCUGCUGCUAGAUCCAGGUUCUGUGCUCACAUUGUUUCCAGUCUUUUCUGUUUCUUCUUUGAA